AACUCCCAACCCAAGAAGACUUUUUUUUUCUUCUCACUUUUCUUUCUCACCAAAUGUUCCAAGCCAGUCGUAUUCGCCUUUCUACAAAUUUCUCUGCUGUGCAGCGUAGAUUGAUUUCUGGAUAUGAACAUCUAUCCCCUCGCAAGCAGUCAUUUAUUGCGACCAAAGGUGUAUAUCCCGAUGGUUUCAAGGCUACCGGUAUCUUUUGCGGUGUGAAGAAGAACAAAAACAAGGAUCUUGCGCUGGUACUAUCCGACCUUCCAUGUUCUGCUGCUGCUGUGUUUACAACCAAUGCAUUCAAAGCUGCACCUGUAUUAGUGAGCAAGGCUACUUUGGAAGAGAACCCUUCUGGUAUUUACGGCGUUAUCACCAAUUCUGGCUGUGCAAAUGCUGUGACAGGUGCACAGGGUAUUAUCAAUGCCAAACGUAUGCGCUCAGCAGUUGAUGCUUUGGUGAACAAGCCUUUGAGUGCGUUGACCAUGUCCACCGGUGUUAUCGGACAACAGUUGCCAAUCGAGAAGAUUGAGAAGGGUAUAGCAGAUGCAGCCAAAGUACUGUCCAAUACCCACGAAGAGGGAUGGGCACUUGCAGCAGAAGCCUUUAUGACCACAGAUACUUUCCCCAAGCUUCGUUCGGGACAAUUUUCUUUGAAAGACGGGAAAUCUUUCAAGAUGGCUGGUAUUGCCAAGGGUGCAGGAAUGAUUCAUCCCAAUAUGGCCACUCUUCUUGGUUUUGUUGUUACUGAUGCCCACGUCACUCCUGCCUUACUCCAAAAGGCACUCACCUAUGCUGUCGACCGUAGUUUCAACGCCAUCAGUAUCGACGGUGACAUGAGCACCAACGACACAAUUUCUGUUCUUGCAAACGGUGCAAGCGACGUCAAGAUCGAAGAAGAAAAUGAAGAUUAUAUCGUAUUUAGGGAUCAAUUGACAAGUUUUGCUGCCGAGUUGGCUCAGUUGGUAGUCAGAGAUGGUGAGGGUGCUACCAAGUUUGUCACUAUCCACGUCAAGGGUGCCGACUCUUUCGAAAAUGCAAAGAAGGCUGCUUCUCACAUCUCUACAUCUAUGCUGGUCAAGACAGCUCUUUUUGGACAGGAUGCUAACUGGGGUCGUAUCUGUGCUAGUUUGGGACACAGUGGAGUCAAGAUUGAUCCCAGCAAGGUUAGCGUCAACUUUGUCCCUACAGACGGUACAGAAACUCUUCGUCUUAUGGUUGAAGGUGAACCAGAGGUUGUUAAUGAGGCACGUGCAUCCGAGAUUCUUAAGAUGGAGGAUUUGAUCAUCGAGGUUGAUCUUAAUGAUGGCCAGAGUGACGCCAAAUUCUGGACAUGCGACCUGAGUUACGAAUAUGUAUCCAUCAAUGCAGACUAUCGCUCAUAAAAUAGUAUAAUAUAUUCCUCUUCUACUUGCCCUUUUUUAUUAUAAAAGAAAACCACUUUCCAUUUCAUUC